GAGCACCGCCGUGAGGCUCCCUAACGUCCAGCCACGGCCUCACUAUGUCGAAAGUUUCCUUUAAGAUCAUGCUAACCUUGGACCGGCGGCUGCCGUACAAAGUACUCAGUGUUCCCGAAAAUACUCCUUUCACAGCAGUCUUAAAGUCUGCCGCAGAAGAAAAAGAAAAAAAUGGCAAUUUUAAAGUUCCUGCACCAACAAGUGCUAUAAUCACAAAUGAUGGAAUAGGAAUAAAUCCUGCACAGACUGCCGGGAACGUUUUCCUAAAGCAUGGCUCAGAACUACGAAUAAUUCCUAGAGAUUGUGUGGGGAGUUGUUAAUUUCUGCUGAAUGGAAAUUUACCAUUAUCUUUCUGAAUAAACAUUGAUAUUUAUU